AUGCUUCCUUCCCAAAAAUUAUUAAAAGAAGUAGUGCUCUGUGGCCUUCUCCCUCGACUGAAGGUCGCUGCUUUGGAUCUCGUUCAAGCUCGGCACCAAACCGAGCUCUCAUGGCGAGGGAGCCGAUCCCUCGACCAUGGUUCCUCGACUUUGUCCCUCUCCUCGUCGUCAUCCUCAUCGCCGCCCACGUCUUCGCCCUUGCAUACUGGAUCUACAGGCUCGCCUCCGACAAGCAGCCUCAGCGGAACAAGGCGCAUUAGGAUCGAGACGACUAAGUUUACUACUGAACCACCAAAAUGCAGGCGUACGUGGAGGUACUGCACCUUUCAAAUGAGCUGUUCUAAUAGAUGCCAGUUCCUUCUGACUUCGUCUGUGACAAGCUUUGUUUUAACAUUUUAUGUUGAGAAUAAAGUGAUUGAGCAUUUUAUGCUUGUCUGCAUGUCUUAACUCGCCGAUUUUAAUCUGAUAAGCUUUUAUAGAUGCUUGACAUAGUCUGAUAGCGACCAGAACGGAAGUGUAAUUUAGCAACAUGAGCUGUACAUCAUUUUUGAGUUUGUAUCUCUGCAACUUGUAUUUUUUUAAGCCUGUGCUUAUUUAGAGAAAAACAAUUAAAUAUCACCUCUACAAUAAUACAUU